AUGCAAACCAAGCCUUUCUUCGCCGCUGUACUGGCUCUACUGCCCCCAGUUCAAGCUUUCAAAUUUACUGGGCCUGACCCCUCAGUCGAUCUCGACUUUAGCAAGAAAAUCAGCAUCACUUGGACUGGAGAUGUCGGAAAGGAUAUCUCCCACAAAUUCGAUCUAGAGUGGUAUUCCGAGCCCGACAAAUUUAACACAAUCGGCGCUGAAAUCACCCACAAUGUCGCAGAUGUGUUCCUGUCUGACGGCCAGUAUCAGUUGAAAUUCAGCGAGAACACGAAAGACAUGCUUCGCCCAUUUGCCGAUGAACUCGCUACAGACAAGUUGUUCUCGUUCAGAGCUAUAUUCAAAGACGGAGACAAGGAUACUACAUACUACAGCCAGAAUUAUACUGUUGUCGGACUUGAUUAG